AUGCAACAAAUUUUUAAAAACCUAUGUGCAAGGUUCUCGACAAUACAUACGUACCAUGGAGAUGCUUUCCAUUUAAGUCCUCUAAAAUUUGGUGGUAUUGUUAUAUAUGUACAUGAUGAGAAUAUUUGUAAGUAUGAAAAGAGUAUAAUUCAAUACUUGAAAAAUGACAUAAUUGGUUUUGAUACUGAAUUUGUUUUGGAUGUAAAUGAAAGAUGCAUUGAUCAUUUCGAACGUUGGAAUGUUUUUACUAAUAUCAAACCCUUCAGUGUUACAAGUGAUGUAAAUAACACCAGCAAUGUAAGAGGUAACCAACGUUGGAUAAAGAAGUUUACUCAAGGAACAUACCAAAUGGAAGGAACAGAUACAAAUAUUGCAAAGAUUGAUUCUACAUCAGGAGAAGAAGGAGGCACUAUUUUAAAAAAGGUAGAGAAAAAUGGUAUGCAUAGAAAUAAUAAUAGCUCAAGUGUAAACAUUGGUACCUUGGGGAAGAUUGAAUUAGGAUCGAAUAAAACUUUAUGCCUUAUCCAAUUGAGCACUAAAGAUCUAUGUUUUGUGUUUAAUAUUAACAGAUUGAAAGGGAGAAUUCCGUUGUGUGUAAAGGAAAUUUUGGAAAAUGAAAAAAUAACGAAAGUGUGUCAUGAUGUUCGAAAUGAUAAAGAUAUGUUCCUUUCACAACAUAUUGAAAUGAGAAAUGUUUUUGAUUUAUAUGAAUAUUGCAUGCAAAAUUAUUUAUAUCCACCAUCAUUACAAUUCUUAGUUAAAGUAUACAUGAAAAAACAUUUACAAAAACAUUUUCGAUUAUCAAACUGGUUGAAUGAUAACCUGAACGAAGAUCAAAUUCUUUAUGCUGCUAUUGAUGCAUAUGCAUCGAGAGAAGUCUACAUGAUUUUAAAGGAACAGGAUAAGGCCACCCAAUCAUGCAUCCUGAAUGUUACACGAGUUGCAAAUUCAACAACUUAUGAUAAUCUCCUCCCUCAAGGGAAAGAAUUUUGUGUUGCCAAGAAGAAGCAACAUGACAUAGGACUUUCUCAUAUGAGCCACCACGUGAUGCAUCCACUUUCCGCUUAUCAGAGAAGAAAAAAUCAAAGUGAAAGUAAAAAAAGUGAUCAACAAUCUUCUCAAAAGAGGGAAAAUUCACCGAAUGUUUUUAUAAACGAGGAACAGGAGAGGUGUAAUAUUCAAAUCAGGCAUGAGAAAAAAAAACAACUUGUUCUGGAGACUCCAACUUUUGUGACAAAUAAUAUUCAGCAAAAUGAUAAUUUAUGGAAAGCACACACCAAAGAAACAGAAAAAAAUACGUAUGAAUACUUUAAAAAAAAUCAAUUAAACAUAAUUAAUGAUUUAAAAAAUCAAAUUAAUGUCAAAUGUGCUAAAAUGUGUAUCAUAUCAUUUACAGAAGAAAUGGUAUUUUCAAAUAAUGUCUAUAAAAAUCGUAUGUAUUUAAAGAAUGUGGAAAAUGACGAAUGUCUAAUUAUGCUCCAUUCGCAAAACUACGACGAAGAAGUUAAGUGCUGUCAUAAAAUAUUGAGUUAUAUAGACAGCCUAUCGUAG